GCCCGGGCGCGCGCUAGGGGGCGGGGCCGCGCCUCCCGCCUCGCGCCCCGCCCCGCCCCACGCACGCGCAUACGCGCCGCUGACCGGUCCGCACCAUGGCCGACCCGCGUCUCAGGCAGAUCAAGAUCAAAACCGGCGUCGUAAGGCGAUUGGCAAAAGAAAAAGUUAUGUAUGAAAAAGAAGCAAAACAGCAAGAAGAAAAGAUUGAAAAAAUGAAAGCUGAAGCAUGUGAUGAGUAUGGAAUUAAGAAGCAGAUCGAGAUCUUACAAGAGUCGCGAAUGAUGAUUCCAGACUGCCAGCGCAGAUUAGAAGUUGCACAUGCAGAUCUUACUCAGCUACUAGAAAAUGAAAAAGAAUUGGAAGAAGCCGAAGAGUAUAAAGAAGCACGUUCCAUACUGGAGUCAGUGAAGCUGGAAUCCUAGAAGUACUCCCUUUAUGUGCAUUGGCACUGAGUCCAUUCCACACUUUUAUUUCACUAUGGCUCUAUUACUAUUGUUGACUUGCUAAGGUUCCCUUUUUGCAAACCGGUCUUUCUUUAACUGCAAGAUGCAUCAAAUAAAGGAUGUUCUGAAACA